CUACAACUCUGAGACACGCAGGCAGAGGCAGUAUGGGGCAGGAAAAGCAUUGCAUCUUUAGAAUCAUAACACAGGUUGAACAAGUGAAAUUGCUUGACCGGUUUAGCACGGGCAACAAGGCGUUAACAGGAACACUAUAUCUCACGGCCACACAUCUAUUAUUUAUAGACUCUCUUCAAAGAGAAACCUGGAUAUUGCACCACCACAUUGCCUCAGUAGAAAAACUUCCUUUGACUACUUCUGGAUGUCCACUCUUGAUUCAGUGCAAGAACUUUAGGACUGUGCAUUUCAUUGUUCCCAGAGAAAGAGAUUGUCAUGAUAUUUAUAACUCUCUGCUACAGCUGUCAAAACAAGCAAAAUAUGAAGAUCUCUAUGCAUUCUCCUAUAAUCCCAAACAAAAUGAUUCUGAACGAUUACAAGGCUGGCAACUCAUUGACCUUGCUGUAGAAUAUAAGAGGAUGGGAGUGCCAAAUUCACACUGGCAGUUGUCUGAUGCCAACAGAGAAUACAAGAUUUGUGAAACUUAUCCCAGAGAACUGUAUGUUCCCCAGUCAGCAAGCACACCAGUAAUUGUUGGCAGUUCCAAAUUUCGGAGCAAGGGAAGAUUCCCAGUUCUUUCUUAUUAUCAUCAAGAAAAAAAGGCUGCCAUUUGUCGAUGUAGUCAGCCACUGUCAGGAUUCAGUGCCAGGUGCCUGGAGGAUGAGAAUUUGCUUCAAGCCAUUAGUAAAGCCAAUCCAGCCAAUUGCUAUGUGUAUGUUGUGGACACCAGGCCCAAACUGAAUGCUAUGGCCAACAGAGCAGCGGGAAAAGGUUAUGAAAAUGAAGACAACUAUUCUCAGAUUAGAUUUCAGUUUGUUGGAAUAGAAAAUAUUCAUGUCAUGAGGUCUAGCCUUCAGAAAUUAUUGGAAGUCAAUGGUACCAAGGGGCUUUGUGUUAACGAUUUCUACUCUGGUCUGGAGAGUUCAGGAUGGCUUCGUCACAUCAAAGCUGUUAUGGAUGCUGCAAUCUUCUUAGCUAAGGCAAUAAUGGUUGAAAGUGCAAGUGUCCUGGUACAUUGUUCUGAUGGGUGGGAUAGGACCUCCCAGGUUUGUUCCCUUGGAUCGCUUUUGCUGGAUUCAUACUACAGGACGAUCAAAGGAUUCAUGGUCUUAAUAGAAAAAGAUUGGAUCUCGUUUGGACAUAAAUUUUCAGAGAGGUGUGGCCAUUUGGAUGGUGACCCAAAGGAAGUCUCACCAGUAUUUACUCAGUUCUUGGAAUGUGUGUGGCAUUUGAUGGAACAGUUUCCACAAGCUUUUGAAUUCAGUGAGGCAUUUCUUCUCCAGAUCCAUGAACAUAUUCAUUCAUGCCAGUUUGGAAACUUCCUUGGAAAUUGUCAGAAGGAAAGAGAAGAACUGAAGUUGAAGGAGAAGACUUACUCCCUGUGGCCAUUUCUUUUGGAUGAACAGAGGAAGUACUUGAAUCCUCUCUACAGUCCCAAAUCUCAGAGGUUUACAGUUUUGGAGCCAAAUACAGUCUCUUUCAAUUUUAAGUUUUGGAGAAACAUGUACCACCAAUUUGAUCGACCAUUGCAUCCUAGGCAGUCUGUAUUCAAUGUAAUUAUGAAUAUGAAUGAGCAAAAUGAACGGUUGGAGGAAGACAUUAAAGACCUAGAAUCGAAAAUUAAACAGCACAGAAAUAAGCAAACAGAAGACAUUCUCACCAAGGAAUCAUUAAAUUCAGUUCAUCCGGUGUUGCCUGCCAGCAAAAGCUCCCUGUGUCUUAAAGAGCAGACUUUGCUACCCGUCACUGACACACUUCGAACUAUAGAGGGCAGCAACACGACAGAUAAUCGUUACAGUGACUACACAGAGGAGUUUUCCAAAUCAGAACCUGCUGUGGUAGGCUUAGAGUAUGGUGUGGCAAGAAUGACUUGUUAGACUCCAAGUGUUUUCUGGACUUGACUGUUGUACAGGAAAUUAAUGUGAGAAUGGUGGGGGCCCAUGACCAAAAAGAACUUGUGUAACGAUAACCGUAGUUGAGAGCUGGUAAUACCUGCUCUUGUGAGAGAAAAUGCUUGUUACAUUUCCUGACAGAAAUGAAAUCGAUUCUGUAGGAAAUGACUGCGAUUUUGUAGAUGUACUUAAAAAACACUUUAUACUGUAUACCUGUGAAUUGACAUUUCUGUAUGACUUACAUUAAUUACAGCUAGACAUAAAUAGCUUUCUUAAAUGUAAUUUUAUUGUAAGAAAGCAAAAUUUGACAGGGUGACCCUUUAAUUGACGUGGCAUGUAUGUUGAAUUCUGUAACUGUAUAACUAUUAAUAUUUACAUAUUUUUGCUUUUUAGUGCUGUCCAAUAUUGAAGUGCCAUGAAAAAUAUUUCCAAGAAAGCCUUAAAAUAAAAUCUGUUCAUUCUUUACCGUUAAGUUUUAUAUCAUGGAGCAGAAUGCCUUGUUUUUUUUGGCCGGCCUUGUUUUAUCUGUUAAGCAUCGCACUCCCUGUACUGCAGGAGUCGCAUGCCUCACUCCUCCUAUGCGAACAGUCGCUGAAGUUCUCCUUUUAGUUCAUGCCUGCUCACUGCCAUAGUGCAGCUGGAGGUUUUGUUCUGCCUAUAAUUUGUUUAGUGCUACAUGGGAUGAUUUAUUAUUCACAGGUUGUAUUGUUGAUUUUAUGUAUAACCACAUUUGACUUUUUUACAUGUGAAUUCUAUUGAUUCUUUGUGGUUGGUUUUAAUCCUUUUAUAACUAAGUUUAAAGAGCUGAAGCACUAAAAUUGUUAGUAGGAACAAUGAAUAAUAGUACAUACGUUGUUUUUGUUUUUCUCCACUGCCUUAUCACUUAAGGAAUUGCCAUUCCUGGAAUAUUUAACAUUGCACCCAAAACUUUUGGGUAAAGUAAAAAGGGAUGUGUAGAUAGUUUAGGUUUUGCUCUUUGCAUGAAUUUUAAAGCAGUGCUUUCUAUAUGGAACAUCCAUUUCUUCUGUUAAAUAGAGAAGAAGUAAAGGACAACUAAGGAGAGCCUAGUUAAUGUUUCAAAGCAACUUAAACUCUAGGCAAGAAUUUCAUUUUUCUGUAUUAUAUUACUGUGUACUAGUACAUAUGUUUAAAUUAACAAACCAAAUGUCAGUUGUAUUUGGCAGCAUUACCCAGAUGACUUUAAAAUUGAGACUGUGAGUAGCAUGGGUGGCGUGAGGUAGGAUUCGAGGGCACUAGGACAUUGGCAUAGACUGUUUCAUGAGUAUUUGUUGUACUUGUAUCUGUCAUACUAGAUGUGAACAGACACAUCUUUUUCAAAUGAAAAUGCUUUAUUGGAAGAGUUUAUCUGAUCCUGUGUAUUUUUCCAGUGCAUUUCUGUAAUACCUUAUAUAAUAAGAAAAAUAUUUCUUUUUAAACAAUAAGAAAAAUUUACCAUUAAAUAUAGUGUGGGAUUAAUCAAUCCUAUUUCCAUAUAUAAGCACUAGGAAAGUGAACUUAAUGUUUCCAGCCACAAAGGUAAGCUUUGUACCUUGGUUCCAGGCAGAUCGUACAUUUGGAAUUGUUCAUAUCAGACUUCACCUUCAACCUUUUGGUUUGUUAUCAUAAUCUUCAGUGUUAGACAUCUAAAUGUAUUUAUGUGCUCUCACAUAGAAAUCAGACAACAGCCUGAGUGACCCAUAGGGUAUAUGUCUACGAAAAGUAGAUUGUGUUUGUCUGAUAAAAUUGGAUUUCUGUUCAUCGUGUUUGGGAAUGUAUAGCAUGUAAAUUAUUUCAUGUAUUAUUUAAAGAUAAUUAAAUUGUUCAUAUUUUACA